UGUUUUGACUUACCAGACUUCAGAACAGAAACUAGGCAUUAAGUAAAAAAAACACUAAAAAUUAGCUAUUUCCACUCUUAUUCACUCAAAUUAUACGAUUGGAACGUUAAAAUUAUCAGAAACGGUAUUAAAUCACGGGUAAAAUACCAAAUCAAACAACGCUUAGGUGAAAAAUUUGACUCAGUGCGGCCAAUUGUCACUUUCGUAGAGGAGUUCAGCUUGCCAACUUAAAAUAUCACGUCAACAUAACCUCAUUUUUCCCAAAUAAUUGAAUAAAAUGGUUUUAAUCCACGUUGUUCGGGGUUUUGGCACAACGAUGAGACACCUCAAGUCGGUGAAAUUGAAAAAAGUGAAGGGGGCAAGCUCCCAUGAGUGGCUAUCACGCCAACUCACCGACCCCUAUGUCGAAAAGGCCAAAAUAAUGAAUUACAGCGCCUUCAAGUUGCUCGAAAUCGACGACAGGUUCAAAAUUUUGCGGCCUGGUUUUGUAGUGAUUGACUGUGGGGCUGCGCCCGGUUCUUGGUCCCAAGUGGCCGUCAGAAGAGUGAACUCGGACGGGUCUGACCCUAAACAGGCCCAAGGACUGGUCUUAUCAAUAGAUAAGCAGCAAAUUUUUGCAAUAAAUGGGGCCACGAUUUUGGGCAAUUUGGACUUCACUGACGUGAAAUCGCAGGAAAUUUUAGUGGAAGUGUUGGGGGGCAAAAAAGCGGAUGCUGUCAUUUCGGAUAUGGCGCCAAAUGCGAGCGGUUUUAAGGAGUUAGAUAAUGAGAAUAUUAUUAAAUUGUGUUAUAGUGUUUUGAGGUUUGCUGUGCAAAAUUCGCGAGCUGGGGCGUGUCUUGUGGUCAAGUUGUGGCAGUGUGGGCAAGCCAAACAGUUGGAAAAUGACUUCAGUAAAUUUUAUGCGAGUGUUAAAUAUGUAAAACCUAAUUCGAGUCGUUCCGACUCUGCUGAAAUUUUUUUACUCGGGAGGGACUUUAAAGGAUUAAAGAACUAGUCUAAAAAAUAUUCUUUUAUUUAUAAAUAUGUACAAUUCACAUUAAGCGCUCUAUCACAAUGGAAACACAGAAAAAACGGGGGCGCAGGCAACCACAGAACAGGACACAAAAAUAAACCGUACAAAUGCAAAAAAGUGCAAGCGCAAAACCGUACAAAGAAAUAAGUGAUAAGCCAUGUUUGUAAUACGCGCUAUCAGUCGUGACGUCACCUCCCCACUCUUAUUACGGUAGGUCAGUUGCUCAAAGCUAAACAACCAGUCUUUUACAUGUGGUGUAAUACGUUUUUCGGUUUUUUGGUUGUGUUUGUGCGUUAAUAACGUGUCAAAUAGCUGCAGCGGGUGUAAUUUGUGCCACUAGAGACUUUAAUUUAAUUUAGAAGUGACUUUUUGUGAAAAUACGAACUUUAUAAAAGAAUACAGGGAACCACGUUGUCGGUGAGAAAUGGCAGAAAAGCACAUUGUUAAGUUUCACUUUAUUGCGAAAUUUUUUGGGGACGGUAAUCGCUUUUUAGUUCGGGGAGAAAAUGCUUUUACCAGCGGUCACGUCACCAAAUUUAGGUUUGAUGGCACAGUACAACCGAUGAGAAUUUCUGCAGAAGUUCUACCGAGCAUGAAAAAGCUAAAUUAUACUGUGGAGAUUUCAUAUGACCUAGAAGAAGGGGUUAAGACGGCACAUUGUACCUGCCCAAGGGGCAACGUGGCUUGCCAUCAUAUGGCUGCAGCAUUAUAUUAUGCUCAUUAUAAUGUAAGUGCUACUGACAUUGAGUGUCAGUGGAGUGCCCCAUCAAAAACAACACCACAAACAGAAGUCAUUAAGUUAGCUGAUGUUUACAAGCCGAAAUUAUCAAACUAUACGGCACUGUCUAGGUCCUCUACUGAGGACGAAAUUAUUCAGUUCCGUGCCGAAAUAGGCGUCACGAAUGUGGUGGGCUUCACUUGGCUCCUAAGACCAGAAGCAAGUGAAGAAGCCAGAAAAAUUAUUGCAGAUAUCGAAGAAAUUCUACAAAGCUUAGAAUACGUGCAGGCCAUAGACAAACAAAAGUUUCUUUUGGAGAAGUGCAGAAUAGAUGAGGCACGCAUUAAACUGGUUGAGGCGUGCACUCGGGGCCAACAUGUUAACGAAAAUUGGCAUGUAGCAAGGAAACAUCGUUUAACGGCCAGCAGGUUUGGCAUGGUACUAUCUGCUUGCAGUAGACGAAGAUUCCCACCCUCUUUAUUUAAAAAUUUGGCGGAAGGCUAUUCGCUUGACAGGGUUGCUGCUGUGCAGUGGGGUAAGACCCACGAGAAGACAGCGCUCAGAGAAUUUGAAGAAGCGACGAAUCUUAAAGUCCAAGAGACGGGAUUUUGGUUGGAAGAAUCAGGCUUUUUGGGAGCAAGUCCUGAUGGAUUAGUGGAAGAAGAUGGGAUUCUCGAAAUUAAAUGCCCAUAUAAAUAUAGGGACACUGACAGUUUGUCUGAAGCCCUGAAGGAUAAAAAAUAUUUUUAUUGGAGGGAUGAAAAUGAGGACAUUAAUCUUAACAGCAAUCACAAUUAUUACCACCAAGUACAGGGGCAAAUGCACAUCACUGGUCGAAGUAUCUGCUACUUUGUCGUGUGGACACCAAAGUGCACAGAGAUAUUUCAAAUUGAAAAAGAUCCGGGGUGGUCAGAAAAUAUCAAUAUUUUAAAAGAAUUUUAUCUUGACCAAUAUAUUUCCUUUAUUUCACAAUAAUAAACUGUAUAUAAAUA